UAUGCGUCUUCCCCGCAACAACAGAACCAUUUUCCAAAGCAAGCGAGCCUUUUCUCUUCCGAACCUUUGAGCUAGCUACAUCAUGGUUAUGUUUCUAAGCCCUAAAUCUUUUCUUCUCCAAAUUUCCUUAAGGAGGAAUCGAUUGAAACGAUCGAGCGCUUCUUUCCGGUCAGCUUCACUUCAUUCCGGAAGCAGAAAAGCUGCUUCCUCUUUUUCGGGCGCUUACUCUUCCAAAAGGCGACGGCGAGAACACAAGAAGUUCCUUCCCGAAGAAGUCAUUGGGGAAAUCCUUCUUCGCUUGCCCGUCAAAUCUCUACUGCGUUUCAGGUGUGUUUCUAAGUCAUGGCACUCUCUCAUCUCCAGUCCUCUUUUCGCGGAACUGCAUUUUCAACGAUCCCCCGGACGCACCCAUCGAAUCCUUGUGACUGCUGAUUCGCAAUUUCAAUCCAUAGAUUUCAACGCUCCCUUUCAUGACGAUUCUGCUGUUGUACAUCUCAAUUUUCCCCGACGCAGGACACCUGAUGAUCUCGAGAUUAUGGGUUCUUGCCGAGGGUUUCUGUUACUAGUUGUUGAUAAACAACAAAAACUUUUUAUUUGGAAUCCCUCCAAUGGUGUCUGCAGAAAGAUACCGCCAUUGAAUCGGAACAUAUUUGUAUAUAUGUAUGGCUUUGCUUAUGAUGAGUCCACUGAUGACUACAUACUAGUUCUUGUGUCAGACUUCCUCGCUUUCUUCUCACUCAAAACCAAAUCAUGGGAAAUACUUGCUGAUGAAUGCCAAUAUAUCUAUCAAUGGGAUGAGCCGACCAGUGGUUCGAUCUUAAACGGUGCUAUUCAUUGGUUUGCUAAGCGUGUACGACAACCACCACCUGAGUGUUUUACAAUUAUUGCUUUUGACAUAGCAGCGAAGAAUUUGCGGGAGAUACCUGUUCCUGAUGAUUAUGAAGUUGGUUCAGGUUUUUUGGGAGUGGUUGGAGGAUGCCUAACGCUAACUGAGAACAGUGAUGUAAUUAAGAUGUGGGUGAUGAAAGAAUAUGGAGUGAAGUCAUCUUGGACUCGUCUUUUCACUGUAUCUACUAAUCCGUGCCAUAUCGAAUUCUUUCAACCAUUAUGCUUCACCAAAGACAAUCAACUUGUUGUAAGAAAUAGUACUAUAGGAUUACUAAAAUUGAGUGCCAAAGAAGAGCUGCAAGUAGUAGAUUAUCUGAAAUUUUUUCGUAGUCCGAUGUCGUUUGCGUGUGCAAGUGUGUACACUGAAACUCUGCUUUCCCUCCCGUCAGUGUAGUGUGAUCAUUUGGAGGAGGCCCAAGAGUGAUGGUGACCAAUUAGAAGGAUCAGUAAUUUGCAGCUCAAAUUACAUUCUGAUAUGUACUGUUGAUUCAACAGACUCAUUUAAUCUUGCUGACUGUAUGACUAGAGGGAACUUCAUUGCUGCUAACACUAUGCUUGUUGAUGGAAUCUGAUUUGUGGGGAUUGCAUGCAUCCAUCGACAGUUAAUGAUUUGGCUAUGCUAUUUUUGCAAAUUCUUGCAGUUGCAGGAUAGUUCCGCAGAUUGGCUUUCAUGCUCUUCAUAAUAUUCUGCUGCAGUUUAUAAGUUUGCAGGUGAUGCCCUAGAAGACGGUAGAAGCUGUAUUCAAGGUUUCUAGUUUUUUGGCUUGGUCCUUGUAAUAGGUUGACAGAAUAUCACAUAUUAUGCUCUCGUUAUGAUGAAAUAGGAAUGGUAGUUUGUUUUGAUUCUGUUGCAAAGGAGUCGAUCAAUAUUAUAAUGAUGGGUUGUUCUACUGAUAAUCAUCGAUUAAUAUAAACAACUUUCAUGCUACAA